UGUGCCCUUUAAAUAGUGGUAGGUGGUAAUGUUGAGCAUUGAGUUCGUAGUGAGCUGAAGUAAAGAUGGGUCAAGGGGUCCUCAGGAGUCUUGGACUCUUGGUCCUCCUUUGUGUGAGUCGGUCAACUCAGCAGUCAGUAGAGAAAUCAGCUUCAGCUUCGGACGCAGCCAGAACUGGUCAAGCACUAGAAGAUAAUGAUAAGUCAGCGUCAGCCUCGGCAUCAGCAAGCGCGAUAGCGCAAAGUGUAGGACAUUUCAUUCCAACCAGCUACAGGCCGCCAUACUAUCCAACGACGCCGAACUACCCACCGAGUAAUCAAUGCUAUCGCGCAGACCAAAUCCUCCACGUCAGAGACCCGUACGGGGUCUGCCAGGUGUGCGUCUGCGUGCAGCGGUACGGGUACCUAGAGCCUGUUUGUGGCAGCUGCGCCGAAUGCGAUGUACCGUGGCCGACGCCGCCGACAACAACGCCGGCGCCGCCAUACCCACCGCCGCCGCCACCACCGCCACCACCGCCGACACCAAAAUGCGACCCCAUGCCUACCAACCAGUACUUCCAGAACCCGUUAGACCCUUGCCAAGUCUGCAUUUGCAAGGCGGCCGAAGAUGUGUAUGGUCGCCCCGAGGGUCCCGUGAUCGAGUGUACUCAGAACCCUAAUUGCCUUAUUCCUACGACGCCACCACCGCCAGGACCACCUACACCAUUUCCUGUAUGCCAGUACUACCCGAGAGACAUCUGGUUCGCGCACCCGCAGUACGCGUGCUACAGAUGCAAAUGCGAGGCAUCGUUUAUGGGGGAGGUCACCAUAGACUGCUACCCUGAUCCUGCGUGUGAAAUUACAACGACCUUGGCGCCACCUACAACUGCGGCUCCUACUCCUAUCCAUGUUGAUCCGCUACCUGGACCAUCGCCACACCCCUCAUGCCGCCCCUACACCCCCGGGCAGGUGUUCCAGCACCCGUGGGACCCGUGCCUGGAGUGCAUGUGCAUCGAGGCCUCCGUCUCCGGCAUCAUCAACGUCCAAGUCAACUGCUACACUAAGGCGGAGUGCUGUAUAAUUCCUCCAGAUCCUGGUACUUAUCCACCAGGCCUACCGCAGCCACCGGGCACUUACAUCCCAACACCACUGUCGCCUUACAACAAUGGCAACUAUUAUCCAGGAAAUAUGGGACCAGGACAAAUAGGAUCUGCGAUAGCGAACGCAAACGCUUUCUCCGAAAUCAACGGAAACGGACAAGGCACCGCCAACUCAAUAGCCCAAGCGGAGGCAGCGGCCCAAGCUGCAGCGCAAGCCCAAGCCCAAGCCCAAGCCGCCGCACAAGCCGCUCAGAACAACGUCAACCAAUAUCGUCCAGGCCAAGAUGCUGGAUCUCAGGCCGCAGCACAAGCUCAGGCCAUAGCACAGGCUCAGGCCGCCGCACAAGCUGCUCAGAAUAACCUCAACCAAUACCAAUAUUACCCAGGCCAAGAUGCUGGAUCUCAGGCCGCAGCACAAGCUCAGGCCAUAGCACAGGCUCAGGCUGCCGCAGAAGCCCAAGCCAUAGCACAGGCUCAGGCCGCCGCAGAAGCCGCUCAGAAUAACUUCAACCAGUUCCAACCCUACCCAGGCCAAGAUACUGGAUCUCAGGUCCAGGCACAAGCCCUAGCUGAAGCCUUAGCCGAAGCUCAGGCAAACUCUAACCGCGCUUAUCCAGGCUCUUAUCCCGGCACCUGGAAUCAGGGAGGAUUCCAACCAGAAACUUAUCCAAAGAAAUUGAUCAUUCAGCAGCCGGGCCCGUAUUACCAACCAAGUGGUAACCAAGGAUUCCCUGGUGGUAACCUAGUCUUCCCCGGUGGAAACCAAGGAUUCCCCGGUGGAAACCAAGUCUUCCCCGGUGGAAACCAAGGCCUCCCUGGAGGUAACCAAAUCUUCCCUGGUGGAAACCAAGGCUUCCCCGGAGGUAACCAAAUCUUCCCCGGUGGAAACCAAGGCUACCCUGGAUCCGCCGGACUUGUUAAUUUCGGAAGCGGAGUUUCCCAGGCCCAAGCCACUAGCAAUGCCCAGGCAGGGUAUGGAACAGCGCAAGCUCAAUCUGACGCUAUUGCUCAGGGAGACUCUCAAGCGAUAGCGGAUGCUUUGGCUCAAAGCAAUGCAGGAUACUCAAAUGGAUUAUAUGGAGCGGGAAGGCCAGACUCGUUGGCUCAAGCUCAGGGAAGCGCACUAUCUAACCUCUAUCAGACAGGUUACAAGAAUCCACCAUACGGAUACGGUGGAUCUGGUGCUUCAGCCCAAGCUCAAGCCGAAGCUGAUCUAGGAUCAGCACAAGCUAUGGCAAAUGCAUUAGCUCAGCAGUUAGCUUCGCAGGCUCAGGCUGACGCUUCAGCUAAUGCUAAUGUAAUGUCUCAGCCGGCGCUGUAUCAAUCCCCGUCGUCAUAUUUCUACCCUGGAGGAGCCCAACCGGUGAGGACCAACGCAGCGGCCCAAGCUGACGCACAGGCGGUAGCCAAUGCCAUGGCUGAUGGAGACGCGUCCGCCCAGGCCCAGGCAUCAGCAGCGUCCGCCAUAAAAACAGGUGAUUCAGAUUCACAGGAGUAGAAAAUAAUUACUGUAGUACAACUAGCUCACGACUCAAGCGACUAAGCCAUGAAGACGGACUCGAAUGUAAUGUAGUCUAAAAGUGUGAAGCAAACCGAACGAAGCACUUUUAUUUAUUUCGUAAUUGCAAUUAUAUGUUCGGGGCAAUACA